GUGUCUUCCAAAGUGCAUGGGUUGGACAUUCAGCAAGUCCUUGGGCUUGGCUUGAGCCAUGGCCAAGUGUGUGAGGAACGUGUGCUUCCUGCUUCGAGGUCGAGAAGCAGGAAGGGAGCCCCUGUGCGCGAGCCGCCCAUCCAACGAUGAGUCGGAGCGCGCGGCGCGGCGGGCGCUGCAGCAGGUGCGCAGCCUCCAGCGUCAAUACGAGCAGCUCCUGCCGGUGCUACACACAGCUCUGGCCUCCGCCUGCGUGUCCGAGGCGCGCCUGGCGCAAGUGGGCACUAACUUGGGGGAGCUCGAGGAGUUGCUGGAGGGUGCGGCUACUGCGAGCGCCGGCGGCACAGUGCGAGAGGUGGUGGCCUGUAUAGCCUCAGAGGGCGCGGACGCCUGGCGGCCCCGGCGGAUGUUGUUGAGCGAUGCGGGCUUCUCCUUGCAGAGCAACAGCGGCAACCAGGGCUACUUUGCGGAGCGGGGCACGGAGCUGAUGCCCUGGAGCGAGGUGUCGCGCGUUUUGCUUUGUGACCCCUCCACCAGCUCCGCGUCCAAGACCACGAAUGGCCGGCCCAGCUACAACCUCUAUGAGGCCGAGUUGGAGCUUGCCCGCCCGCCCGGGCGGCUGAGGCUGCAGUUUGGAGCUGCUGGGCCAGCGCAGGUGCUGCAGCAGCUGUGGCAGGCCUCCCAAGGUCCGCGAGCUGCGAGUGGAGGCCGCCCUGUGCCCCUCCCUGGGUCGGAGCCCCUGCUCGAGGAGAUGCGGGCCAAGUCAGGCUCGCCACCCUGCCCGACACGCUCCGUGUUUUCCGCCAACCUCCCGGCGGGCUUCACAGUCGCCAAGGUGCGGCAGCUGUUGGCUGGCAACGGGCCCAACAAUCCCAUCUUGAGGCUACAUGCCCGAGCAGGUGUUCAGAAUAUGGAGGAGAGGGACUGGGAGCCGCUGGGCAGAGGGCAGAUGAAGUGCCUUCACUUUGUGCUGCCGCUGAAGCCUCAGCCUAUGGCGCCGGAGAAGACACGUGUGACGGUGGUCUAUUUCCUCUGCCCGGAGCAAGACCGGGUCGUCCUGCAGAAGGUGACCCGAGCCUUGGACAUCCCCUACGCGAACUCCUUCCGGGUCUACCAUGAGCACACCUUCACCGAGGACGCGGAGGACAAGCAGGUUGUCCUGGACUUGGCGUUGGGCAUCGGUUGGAUCGACAGGUGUUUUGUGAAGCAGAUCAUUGAGAGUAGCACCCGGCGGGAGACUGUGGAGAGUGGGCAGGACCUGGUGGAAGCCCUCACUGAGAGCUUGGUCGCAUGCUGAAUGCCAAACGCCACUGUGGCGGCUUACGGCGACUUGCGCCGCGGCCGAAAGCGCUCGGCGUUUGAAGACCGACAAAGCUCGCCUGGAAUCGAUGGGUUUAGCUUCGACGUGUCAAAAGUAGGC